AUGAACACAAAAAAGUGCCCCUCACCUGCGCCAGUGGCCCUCACCUGCGCCAGUGCCCCUCACCUGCGCCAGUGCCCCUCACCUGCGCCAGUGGCCCUCACCUGCGCCAGUGCCCCUCACCUGCGCCAGUGCCCCUCACCUGCGCCAGUGCCCCUCACCUGCGCCAGUGCCCCUCACCUGCGCCAGUGCCCCUCACCUGCGCCAGUGCCCUUCACCUGCGCCAGUGCCCCUCACCUGCGCCAGUGCCCCUCACCUGCGCCAGUGCCCCUCACCUGCGCUAGUGCCCCUCACCUGCGCCAGUGCCCCUCACCUGCGCCAGUGCCCCUCACCUGCGCCAGUGCCCCUCACCUGCGCCAGUGCCCCUCACCUGCGCCUGUGGCCCUCACCUGCGCCAGUGCCCCUCACCUGCGCCAGUGGCCGAUGGAAGCGCCGAAGCCGUGCACCAACACCACGGCGGGCGCGUCCUCUCUCCCCCGCCACCCCUCCUCGCCGCUCUCCUCCGCGCCCUCGCCGCCGGCGCGGGGCGGAAUGUCGCAGUAG